AUGAUUCACCACUCAGCCAUGGAGGAUGACCCCCAUUCGUCUUAUCCGCGGCAUCCAGCGGGGCCCCUCUCAUCGGAACUACCCCCGGCACCGCCUCCAAACAGGUCAUCCUCUCGUUCGUCUCGGCCCGGCUCUCGGACUCGAAUGGUGAAACCAUCAGGCGCAGUGACCCCAACUGGCCUGGGAGUGCUCACAGAGAACGUCGCAAACUUUCCUCCGGAGGGCCUUGGUCCUACCAGCCCUAUCAAAGAAGGGCUGGGUAGUUUGAAUCGUUGGUCACAGUCUACAGCAUCUAGCAAGAGCCCGUCAGAAUAUACCGGUCAUCGCCGCGGGAGCUCAAAGAUAUCUAUCUCCGGCUACAGCCGCCACAGUCCCCAGCGUGUCCCCGUGGCAAAUGGGCUUCCAAUGCUCAACCUCCCAGCGCUUGAGAAAUCUCCCAUAUUCAAUGCGGACUCAACAUCAUCACAACUUGGUUCUUCUAUCACAGCCUCGGAUAAUCUUUUUCAGCCCUCCAUCGAAUCGACAUAUGCUUAUCAAGUCCCGCAAGAUCAUGUGGCGCAAAAUAGCGGGGACACCAUUCCUUUCAAUGACUUGGAGGGGGAUCCAGAGAUCCGACAGCACGGUCAAACCCAAAAAGCGAUGCUUUCAAAGGCACUUCAGAAAGCAAACACGGCGGUUCUUCUUGACAAUGCUGCCAAUUUCGAGGGCGCCAUGGAUGCUUACUCCGACGCUUGCAAUCUAUUGCAGCUUGUCAUGCUCCGUAGCAAUGGGGGCGACGAAGAAAAGCUCAAACUACAAGAAAUUCGCGACACUUAUAUGAUACGAGUAACGGAACUCCAGCGUAUGGAUUUCCCCCUCCCUGAGAGCGAUGAUAAGGCUCUCCCUGAGCGUCCCCCCAGUCAAGAGUCGUACGGAGAGUUGCUUCAUUCGGUAAACGAUGAUUCUCAGGUCGACAGCCAGCAGAGUUCCGCACAUUCUAGCUUCGGGCUCCACCACCAGCUAUCGUUGGAAGAGACCAAGGGCUUUCCCAUAGAAGCACUCCCUCCACGGCGCCAAUCUCUCAAACCCUCCGCGAUGGAAGAUCAACUCGGAUCUCUGACGCUACCCGUGAUAAAUCAAGAAACCAACGAAUCUACUUCGUGGCUAGACACGAUUGACGAAUCAGGCGCCUCGUCACCAUCAUCUACGAACUCAAAAGCGUCAUCAGUCUAUCUUCGUCGUCGGACCAGCCGCCGUCUCAGCAAUGAUACCGAAGCUGAAUUUGACGCUGCUCUCGAUGCAGCUGUCGAAGCUGCGUAUGAUGAUGGUCUGGAGCCAGUGAUAGAAUACAAUGAAGAUGAGAGUGGUGAUAAUGAUGUGGUUGCGAAUGCACGCCGGAACAUUGAGUUGGCGAAGCAAAGGGUAAGAGAGGCAGAAAGAGAGGCAGAGGCAAUGAACCGUGAUCGCGAAUUACGUCGACUUCAGGACCAGACCGUUGAUCCCACUGCCCGCAUUUCGGACUACCUGGACGACGAAGCAGAAGAAGAAGAGCGCUUGUUGGAGGAAAUGACCAAGGGCUACGUAAUGGAUGACUUCGAAUUCGGAAUAUCAUCCAAGUCGGCUCUUCCGCGAGAAUCGGGUUCGAGCAAUGUGUCUGGGAGAACAUGGGAAAGCUCUGCAACGUCCAAUGUCGCAAGCACAGGUGCGGCAUUGUCGACUCUUGCGGAAGAUGACGUUCUGCCGUUAGACGACCAUAUCAUUCCACCACAUGUCUUUCCCUCUUUGCCUCCAUCUUCUGCCUUGCCGCCUCUUCCAGUGUCGUCUGAUUUCCCUGCCCCCAAGCGGACUUCGAUGUCCAACCGUUCUGGCUCUAUCAGUUCAAUUGCCGGUCAAGGAGUUCGUGCCCGGAGACUAUCUAACCUGAACACCCGCGAGCUCACAAUUGAGACAAAUUCCCGCUCCCGAGCCGAUUCUAAUACGUCUGGUCUAGAAGGCUUUGCAACCCCAAUGACCAGCCGCCCACCUGUACCAUUGCCCAAGGAUGAGCCUACUGCAGAUCCUGCCCGCGCUUCUACUCCAAGUUCCCGUUCCACUUUACAUCCUACACAGCGCAAUCCGUCGGUGGGUUCGUUCAUAGAAAAUGUCACUCUCGCUCAAACCCGCACUCAUGAAGAUGAUGAGGCUGAACUCCCGCCAUUACCACUAUCCGCGCGGCCUAUGGGUAAAGUACCUUCGGCUCCAGAUGGCUUGGAUAAAGUACUUUCCGGUACGAAACCCUUCCGGGCUCGAAACGCCUCAGUUCCAAUUCAGAUUUCCGAUACUGCACCAGAAUCUCCAAGCACGCCAUGGAGUGGUGCAUUCCCAUCCCUGGAUACCCAGAAGGCUGUAAUGGCUGGCAGCAUUCCCAUUAUGCCUACUCCGACCCUCGCCAACUUUAACUUCAAUCAGAAUGGCUUGCCAACUAGCGGGAUGAACCUAUUUGACAGUAAUAUUCACUCUCCUACUGCUCUCGGACGUCCAAACUCACUGGUUUUGAACGCACCACUUCCUCUGGAACCUUGUCCGGAGUCUUUCCUCCUCCGCCCAUUUUGGUUGAUGAGGUGUCUCUACCAAACGCUCGCUCAUCCCCAUGGUGGCUAUCUUUCGGAGAAGCUCUUUAUUCCACGAGAUGUCUGGCGUGUUAAGAAUGUCAAACUCAAGGCUCUCGAAGACAAAGUGUCCAACUGUGAUCUUUUGACAGCUGCUCUGCUCAAGUUGGCCCAGGUCGAUACGUAUGACGCAGAUGCAGUCUUGGAGGAGAUGCAGUCGUUUGAAAGUGUUCUUGACCAAGUUCAGGCCUUUUUGUCUAAAAAGCUAGGCAAUGAGGUUGGUGUGCAGGCCUCGAUGCCACUGUUCAAGCCUGCUUCAACCCCCGAUGAGCCUGCUCCUGUUGAAAGCGCGCCUAAUAAAUCAUACCUGACUUGGAAAAGAAUCAGAGCAAAAACCUCUGGGCUGGGGACAACUACUCCAACGCCGAGUGCACGUGAAAGCAAUAAAGACAAUCUGACCCUCAACUCUGUUCCUAUGACAUCCGUUCAUGGAACGCGUGCAAAGCGCAAUGUGACCCAGCUUGAGUUCUCUGGGCCCAAUGCAAACUAUAUGGGGGCAUUGGCGCGACUAUUCGAUGCUGCUCAAGUGCUAGAGCAAAUUGCCCAUCAAGUUGAAGAUCCUGGCCUUAAACACUCGUCUCCUACCCAUGUUGGCCUGGAGCUCAGCACACGACAUGCUGCUGAAUUUUUUGGCUUUUAUAUUUGUCGGUUUGCACUAGCUGACGUGAGCUUAAUGCUUGAUAAAUUCAUUAAGCGUGGCAGCGAGUGGGUACUGGUCUAG